AUGGCGCCGCCAAAUACUAAGGAAUCCCAACUUCCCGGGGAACAGCCAACUGCACUCUGCAAGAGAUGUAAUGAAGUUCAAGCGACACUCCAAAUUCGAUCAGAAUCAGUUUGCCAAAAAUGCUUCUUACAAUAUAUUAAAACAAAGGCUGUCAAGCGCAUGGAAACCUACAAAGGCAAACGAUCCACAAAAGUUCCACAGAAAUUAUUAUUACCACUUUCCUUUGGACCUUCGUCAUCAUGCUUGCUGCAUAUGCUAGAUGGCUACCUCGGAAUUCAACACGAGCGGAUGAACCGAGUUUCCUAUGAACUAUUUGUUGUACAUAUCGACCUAUAUCUGGAUGAUGCAGACAGAGAAGCCUCUGCUGCUCGAUUGCAAAAAUACAAGGACCAAUAUCCCAGACAUUCUUAUUCAAGUUAUGGACUUCACGAAGCUUUACAGCUAGAAGGUAUUGAUUGGCAAUCUUUAGGUAUAUCCGAUCUACCUACCCAGGAUACCAAGGCCUCAAGUUUUGAUUUGCAAAAGAUCGUUUCCUCAUUGUCAUCUGCAACUUCUAGGGCCGAUAUUGUGUCUACGCUAUUAAACAGACUCCUAGUGGAUGUCGCCAAAAGAAACGACUGCGAGAGCAUAUUAUUUGGUGAUACUACUACACGACUAGCAGAAAAGACGCUUACCGAAACAGCGAAAGGGCGUGGAUUCUCAUUACCAUGGCAAGUCUCCGAUGGCCCAUCACCAUACGGAAUAGGCUUCCUUUAUCCCUUACGAGAUAUUCUCAAGAAAGAGAUUAUGACAUUUUCCACUUCAUUCUCACCUCUACCGGAGUUAGUGGUGCAUCAAGCGCCUCCCUCCCAUAUAUCUGCUUCCUCGAAAUCGACAACGAUUGAUGAUUUAAUGGCACAAUAUUUCGAAUCUGUUGAGGAAAACUUUCCCAGUAUAGUCGCCAAUGUUGCUGUGGAAUUUGCGGGCUUCCUGUCGCAGAGGGCACUGAUGGCAUCUAUGGUUGGGGUGGAGAUCAAAAUCCAGAUUCACGGCCAUCAAGAGAAGACAUUAAUUCAAAUAUUGUUCUAUGCUAUGGAUGCUCAAGAUCUAUCAACGGAUGAAAGUGCACGACCAUAA